AUGGACCAGAAGAUGACGGAGCUCUACGAGGCCACGAAAGCCGCGACGAAGUCGGUAGAGGCCAUGAAUGAAACUUCCGUUGCCGAAGUGCUGAGAUGGUUGUGGGAUGUGCAGCAGAUUGGUCGGGAACUGAAGAGUCUUCGAAGCUACUUGGAGAGGGAGUUCGAACUUCUGCGGAAUCAGAGUGUACAGGAGCGCUGUUCUGCAGUCCCUCGUCCCCCUCUCGGCUUCGUUCCAGAUGCCCGGGUACCAACGAAGGAUUCGAAUCCAUGUACCCACAUCACCAAUACCGAAGAGGCCGAGGAGGAUCAGAUAGAUCCGAUCAGCCCACAGACGUCGGGUACUGUGCGGGUCAGCCGACUGCAGCAGAUCUUCAAAGCCUACGAGGAGAAGAACCUCAGUUCUGGCUGGACCUCCGAAAGCGGGCAAGGUUGCCUCAAGGAUGUUGUCUUGUCCAGCGCGUUCAGUUGCAUCAUGGUCGUCCUGAUCUUCAUCAACGUCAUCAUCUUGGGCGUCGAGGUGAGUGUCAGCGCAAGUCUGGGCCAAGAAGAUGUGCCCCCAGAAUUCUUGUAUGCAAAUGCUGGUUUCAUGGCCUUCUUCCUGCUGGAGAUCGGACUGCGAAUCCUAGCCUUGGGCUGUCACGAUUUCUGGUGGGGAGAGCUCGCCACUUGGAACCGCUUCGACUGUGUGGUGGUCAGCCUUGGCUCAGUCGAUCUGGCAGUCAGCUUCUGGGCGGAGAUCACCGCGGCGUCGCUCUAUGCCCGGUCAGUGCGGAUGACUCACAUCCUCCGCGUGGCCCAUGCACUGCGUUCGGUCAGAGUCGUGCGCUUCUUUCGGUACCGAACGCCCUUGAAGGCCUUGGUGCUUUCCAUCUUCAGCACAGUGAUGCCGCUGAUUUGGACACUCGUGCUCCUGCUCAUCCUGCUCUAUAGCUUUAGUAUUGUGCUGACACAACUGGUGGUAGAUGACUGCAGGUACAAGACUGUGGAAGCGACAGGAGAUCCGAAUGCGAUCCCUGUUUGUGCGGAGCACUUGCAACGCCAUUGGUCUACUGUCCCAGAAAGCAUGAACAGCCUUUUCAUGGGCAUCACGGGCGGCAUUGAGUGGGACGAGCUGAUGAGACCUUUGCGGGAUGUCAGUGUCGCUGCGGUCUGCUCGCUUUACGUCUUCAUCCUGAUCGCAGUGUUCGCCGUGUUGAACGUAUUAACGGCUCACUUCUGCAAUACUGCAAUCGAGACAGCCAGCGCAGAUCAAGAUGUGGCUGUCGUCAGGCAUUUGCACGAGCGGCAUCAGAUUGUUGCGAAGUUCCGGAAGCUCUUUGCGGAGAUCGGCGCAUCGGAGCGCGUCACCUUACCGGAGCUGCAGACUGCUGCAGCGGGAGGCUCAGAGAUCAAAGUCGCCCUGGAGUCAUUGGGCAUUUCCACUGACAAUGUCUCGCUGCUCUUCCGACUGAUCGAUAGAGACCACAACGACACCCUUGAUUUGGAAGAGUUUGUGGUUGGCUGCAUGCAGCUGCGGGGCAAUGCCAAAGGCCUGCAACUGGCGAAGAUGGAUCUGGACAACAGAAUCAUGAGGCAUCGUGUGAAAGAUCUGCGGGACGACGUAGCCUCUGUGAGGAAAUCCGUGCAGAGCCUGGAGAGGUCGUUCCACACCCGCUUCGGCUGA